AUGGAGAUGCCGCUGCCGCCCGACGACCAGGAGCUGCGGAAUGUCAUCGACAAGCUGGCGCAGUUCGUGGCGCGGAACGGGCCCGAGUUCGAGAAGAUGACGAUGGAGAAGCAGAAGGAGAACCCCAAAUUCUCCUUCCUCUUCGGUGGCGACUUCUAUGGCUACUACAAGUACAAGCUGGCCUUGGAGCAGCAGCAGCUGUUGUGCAAGCAAAGUCAAGAUAUCGAGGCUACUGCACAGAUCCAGCCACUGCCACAACCAUCUCUCCCACCAGCUGCACCUAUCCCAGCUCCUCAGGGCACUCCUUCCGUGGAGGAACUUAUCCAGCAGAGUCAGUGGAACCUGCAGCAGCAGGAGCAGCAUCUCCUUGCAAUGAGACAGGAACAAGUCACAUCAGCAGUAGCCCUUGCCAUUGAGCAACAAAUGCAAAAAGUUUUGGAGGAAACCCAGUUAGAUAUGAAUGAAUUUGACAACUUGUUGCAGCCAAUAAUUGACACUUGCACGAAAGAUGCAAUUUCAGCUGGCAAGAACUGGAUGUUUAGUAAUGCCAAAUCUCCUGCACACUGUGAGCUGAUGGCUGGGCACCUGCGAAAUCGCAUAACAGCAGAAGGAGCCCACUUUGAGCUUCGCUUACAUCUCAUCUACCUAAUCAAUGAUGUAUUGCAUCACUGCCAGCGGAAGCAAGCACGAGAUCUUCUGGCUGCUUUGCAGAAGGUGGUUGUGCCUAUUUAUUGUACCAGUUUUCUAGCAGUGGAGGAGGAUAAGCAACAAAAAAUUGCCAGACUUCUUCAACUAUGGGAGAAAAAUGGGUACUUUGAUGAGUCAAUUAUUCAGCAGUUACAGAGCCCGGCUCUUGGACUUGGCCAGUAUCAGGCAAAUUUGAUCAAUGAGUAUGCAACGGUAGUACAGCCUGUACAAGUAGCCUUCCAACAGCAGAUCCAGAACCUGAAAACUCAACACGAAGAGUUUGUAAACAGUUUAACGCAGCAGCAACAGCAGCAAAUACAAAUUCCAUCUUUAGAGAACGAAGUGAAAUCAACACCGCCACCUCAAGCCCCCACAGCAGCACCAGCCUCUGCUCCACCAUCUGCUCCGGUUACACAAGCAGAUGAUGGUAAAUCCCAGCUGCCUCUAGCUGGUUCUACAGACUAUGAUACAACAGGGUCUGGAGUGCCGGAUUCUGCCUCUGGAUCACGUGGUCCUGGAUCUCAUGAUCAGAUUCCUCCAAAUAAACCACCCUGGUUUGACCAGCCUCACCCUGUUGCACCGUGGGGUCAACAACAGGUAAGAAAACCUGUUCUGAAGCAAAAUGGACCACCUCACUGUCCUCCAUGGAAUAACAACCAUGAAGGAAUGUGGAAUGAACAGAGAGAUCAAGGCUGGAACAAUCAGCGAGAGACACCUUGGAACAGCCAGCCCGAUCCUUCAUGGAACAACCAGUUUGAAGCACCGUGGAACAACCAGCAUGAGCAGCCUCCAUGGGGUGGGGGUCAAAGGGAACCUCCAUUUCGAAUGCAGCGGCCACCUCACUUCAGAGGCCCAUUUCCUCCACAUCAGCAACAUCCCCAAUUCAACCAGCCCCCGCAUCCGCAUAAUUUCAACCGCUUUCCACCUCGCUUCAUGCAGGAUGAUUUUCCACCUCGCCAUCCCUUUGAAAGGCCUCCUUAUCCUCAUCGUUUUGAUUACCCCCAGGGGGAUUUUCCUCAAGAAAUUGGACCUCCUCAUCAUCACCCUGGUCACAGAUUGCCUCAUCCUGGAAUCAGUGAGCACCCUCCCUGGGGAGGGCCACAGCACCCCGAUUUCGGGCCUCCCCCACACGGGUUUAACGGGCAGCCUCCGCACAUGCGGCGACAGGGCCCCCCUCACAUGAACCACGAUGAUCCCAGCCUGGUGCCAAACGUUCCCUAUUUUGACCUUCCUGCUGGACUGAUGGCUCCACUUGUGAAACUUGAAGAUCAUGAGUAUAAACCUUUAGACCCUAAAGAUAUUCGUCUUCCACCUCCAAUGCCCCCCAGUGAGAGACUACUGGCUGCAGUUGAGGCAUUUUAUAGUCCACCAUCUCAUGAUAGGCCUAGAAACAGUGAAGGCUGGGAGCAGAAUGGACUGUAUGAGUUCUUCAGAGCUAAAAUGAGAGCAAGGCGGAGGAAAGGUCAGGAGAAGAGAAAUAGUGGGCCUUCUCGGUCUCGCAGCCGGUCCAAAAGCCGAGGGCGCUCGUCCUCCCGCUCCAACUCACGGUCUUCAAAGUCAUCUGGCUCCUAUUCAAGGUCACGCUCUCGCUCUUGCUCUCGGUCGCGAUCCUAUUCACGCUCUCAGUCCAGAAGCCGGAGCAGGUCCCGCUCUUCUCACAGCCGCUCCCGAUCACGAUCGCGAUCAAGGUCGAAAUCGUACUCGCCAGGAAGGCGGCGCCGAUCCCGGUCUCGCAGCCCCACUCCUCCUUCUUCUGCUGGCUUGGGCUCCAGUUCUGGGCCUCCUAUCCCUGAAUCAAGGCUGGGAGAAGAAAAUAAAGGCCAUCAAAUGCUAGUGAAAAUGGGGUGGAGUGGAUCUGGUGGAUUGGGAGCCAAGGAACAAGGAAUUCAGGAUCCGAUUAAAGGAGGGGAUAUCCGAGACAAAUGGGAUCAGUAUAAAGGAGUGGGAGUUGCAUUAGAUGACCCCUACGAAAACUACCGAAGAAAUAAAAGUUACUCAUUUAUCGCACGCAUGAAGGCCAGGGAUGAAUGUAAGUGAAUGUUUCUGAGCAAUUUAAAACGUGCAGCUUGGUAGUGAUUU